UUUUUUUUUUUUUUUUUUUUCCGAUGCCCUAUAUUUGAUGAGACGAGCAUUCUUCAUUUACCCUCCUCCUCGAUGUUCAAUGCUUUGCACCCCAAGCCCUGCUCUCGUCGGCUUGAAAGGAAUCAUGCUUAUUAGCAGAGGGACAGAUGAAAUGCAGAAACUGAAACAACAGGGAGAGAGAAUGGCACUUCCGAAAGUGGCCUCUCGGGACAGCUCAAACAAACCUUUCCCUCUCGAAACAAUACUCUGCAAGUUGCGAAUUAGCGGGAGGUUGGAAUCAAAGCGGAAAAAUGUGGGAGCAAAUCGUGAAGCAGCUUCGGACUUUUGACCAGGUUAGGCUGCUCAGGGAUGUCGAAACUCCCCAGCUAAAGCUUCAUAUCAUCAUCAUCAUCCAUGCCUCCCCAAAGAAAGUUUCCCGGAAUAAGCAU